AUGUCGGAAGAAUCGCCAGCUCAGCGAUCCGCGCGCCUGCGCCGUGAGCGCCGCGAGGCCAAAAUCAAGGAAGGAGGCUCAGCCCGCCUGGACAAGAUCACGAGCUUGAGCGGACGCACAACACAGCCAGGUAUGGAUCCUCCGGUUCAAGGACUCUCAAAGCAGAUGUCCCCUCCCCACUAUACAAUUGUGGAUGCUAACAGGCCACCAGAACGCGAAGAAGCAUCCCCGUCGCCCCAACCUCUAGGUCCGCAAUCCCAGCUUCGCGCCUCACCCGCCCCGCAGCCAGACAUGGAAUCCCCAGAAGCCAUCCGUGCUCAACAAGAAGCCUUUUUCUCAAUGCUCCGUCAAUCUGCGCCAGAUCCGAGCCAAGGAAUACACCCAGAUCCCCAAGCCCCGAAUUCCAUGCAAGCACAACAGGACAUGUUCCGCGCAAUGCUUAGACAAUCUGCCCCCGAACAAGGAGCUGGAGCGGGCACAGGCCCGGAAGAGGAGGAUCCUACUAUCAAGCUCCUGAAUUCUCUCAUGGGCGCCAUGCCAGGUGGUGACCCAAGUGCCGCGGGAGCGGGAGCAACUCCAGGCUCAGGCGCAGGCGCAGGAGCCCCCGGUCUCGGCUCCUCGCUUCCAGCCAUUGCAACAAUGCUCGGCGUGCCGCCUUUCCUGGCAAACAUGCUUGGCGGACUCGGGGGAGCGGCGCCGACGGAAGCUGAACAGAAGCGUGCGAUUGUCUGGAAGACACUGCAUACCAUCUUUGCGUUGGCGGUUGCUGGGUACUUGCUAUUUAUCAUUGGGGCCUCGGUUGCAUUGUUUGGUAGCUCGCCGCCUCCGCCUGCCACAGCGCAGAGUCCAUUCGCUAUAUUUGUCACUGGAGAAUUAAUCUUGACAGGCGGCAAGGCCUUGUUUGGUGGUAAAUCUGGGAUGGGGAUGGCGGUGCAGUUGUUCCGUGAUGUAGUGAGAGAUGGAAGCAUUGUGCUGUUCAUGCUUGGCAUGGGGACUUGGUAUCAUCCUGAGUGGCAGGCUGUAGAGCAAUAG